GAGACAGCAAGUCACAUGCUGUGGGUGUUGGCCCAAGGCAGAGCUCUGAAGUGGUCUAGACACCAGGACAGGGAAUUUUCACCAGCUGGGGUGGAUUUCUCAGAGAUACUGUUUUGCCAUUUUCAGGUGCAGAAACUGUUGAAAAGAGGAGUAGAAGUGGUGCAGCUUGACCUCACCAAACCCAUUGAAGAUCAGGGCCCUUUGGAUGUGAUCAUACAUAAACUGACAGAUGUCAUCCUUGAAGCAGACCAGAAUGACAGCCAGUCACUGGAGUUGGUUCACAGGUUCCAGGAGUAUAUUGAUGCUCAUCCAGAAACCAUUAUCCUGGACCCUCUUCCGGCUAUUCGUACGCUUCUGGACCGAUCCAAGUCUUACGAGCUAAUUCGGCAAAUAGAGGCAUACAUGCAAGAUGAGAGGAUCUGUUCACCACCCUUUAUGGAGCUGACAAGUGCCUGUGGAGAAGAUACCUUGCAGCUUAUAGAGAAGAAUGGACUGGCAUUCCCAUUCAUUUGUAAAACCAGAGUGGCGCACGGAACCAACUCUCACGAGAUGGCGAUCAUCUUCAACCAGGAGGGCCUGAAAGCUGUCCGCCCCCCUUGUGUCAUUCAGAGCUUCAUUAAUCACAACGCCGUGCUGUAUAAAGUCUUCGUGGUCGGGGAAUCCUACACGGUGGUGAAAAGACCAUCUUUAAAGAACUUCUCUGCAGGAAUCUCAGACAGAGAAUCGAUAUUUUUCAACAGCCACAAUGUUUCAAAGCCAGAAUCCUCAUCUGUCUUAACAGCACUGGAUAAAAUCGAAGGAGUAUUUGAGCGGCCAAAUGAUGACGUCAUCCGGGAAAUCUCUAAGGCACUGCGGCAAGCUCUAGGAGUUUCCCUCUUUGGAAUUGAUAUCAUCAUUAACAAUCAGACUGGGCAGCAUGCAGUCAUUGAUAUAAAUGCAUUCCCAGGCUAUGAGGGUGUUUCCGAGUUUUUCACAGAUCUCUUGAACCACAUAGCUGCUGUCCUGCAGGGUCAGGCACCUGAGGUGACCCAGCUAAACCGCAGCAAGCUCCUGGCAGAGCAGACCAGCGGGAUCAUGGACGAGCGGAUAUGCUGCGCUAGCACAGGCUGUCUCGGCGUCAUGGGAAAAGACUCCUCCUGGAUUGUGGAAAGCGAGACCAACAGCUCAGUAAAACUGCAACACCAGAGACUAGGCUGCAACUCGGCAGUGUCCCCCAGCUUCCAGCAGCACUGCGUCGCUACGUUGGCAACAAAAGCUUCUUCUCAAUAACUUGCCAAUGCCAUGGACUGAGAAAAAGCCACAGGGAUACAAAUUGUGGUCCCAGAUCCAGAUCAGGCUGUAACAAUACAAUUGCGAAAAAUGAAAAAACACCAACACAAAAAAGCAAAAUAAAAAAUCCUUUUGUUUGAUUUAACCUGAUUUGCUGAUGAAAUGGUCUGAAAGGGGAAGGGCAAGAAAGUGAUUCAGAUCCAUUUCAUCAGAUUCCAGUUGCAAAUCUGUAGUGAGUUUACACACGCGUGGGUUUUAACACUAGUCCUUUCGUUGUGGGAGGGUUGCUCUUUCGUUUCUAUUGUUCUUUGUAAUCACUGGUGACCAGCAUUUUAAAAUCGGACCUCAUGGUAUCAAGAAGAUAAUAAUGUUGAAAUGGAGUGUAUGAAUGUAACAGCGCUAGAGAUUUUUUGCCUAAAAUAUUCCCUGUUCCCUUUUUUCCAGGUAGGCCAUUGCAGAAGAAAGCUAAGACAACUUCAGUAUCACUAAACCAAAUCUCUUGAAACAGUGACCAGUGAAGACGUUGACAGGUAGUUUGCUGUGAGCCGCAGCACUUUGAGUGGGACAGAACAGACUGGUUGUUCAGGGUGCAGAACUGAGGUGACCACCCCGGUUCCAGCUGUGCAGUUCUUCCCCCAGGCCUCAUUGCUUCAAAAGCAGUUUCUAACCACGCUUGCCAGCAGUGACGCAUGUUUGAUCCAGACAGGGUGCCGAUAGUUAGGUUGAGUGAUUUAUUAGAUUAAAUGUCAUCCUUUCAAUUGUCUGCUAGUGGUGAAAUCCUAGAAUAGUUAAUGGAAGCAGCUCGUCUCUUAGCAGAGGAUUUAAUUCUCCUUCCAUUGCACUUGUGAGGACUCUGGGACAGCUCUGCAAAAAGGCUGGCAAUUGGAGCUGCACAUAUUCCUUGGAGCAGUACUAAGGGGUAACACAGUUGCUGCCUUCCACGGAUCCAUGCUGCUGUGCACUUUUUUUUCUUCUGCAAA